AUGGGACUGGACAUCUCCAAGAUGCUUACUCCUAGCAAAGCUCCCUUCUACGGCAUCGUCCCGGGCAAUGCAGUUACACCACUCGGGUCAGUGGUCCUGCCAGUCACCUUCGGGACAAAAGACAACUACCAUACCGAGUACACCAAGUUCAAGGUGGCAGAUUUCGACUCGUCGUACCAUGCCAUCCUUGGCAAGAUAGGUGUACUCACACUGCGUGUCAACUUGAAGAAGUUGUAUGACUUUGACCAAGAGGUGAUCGAGUACGCUGCAACUUCACGCGUGCAAGAGCCAUCUGCAGAAGUACUUGCAGUCGCGCUGAAGCUGACCAACACAGCGAUGGAGAUCUCCAUCUAG